CCCUAGACCGUCCCAGCAGCGCCCGGUGCGGGAGGACAUAUACACUUACAAUAUUAAUAAUAACAUAUACCGGUGCGGGCAGGCCAGGUCGGUAAUUAUGUCUGUGCUGGCGCGGAGCAUAGUCCGGUUACACAGCGGCCGUCACACACCAGUCACCCGGAUACCGAGCAGGAGCUGUGCCCGAGUUGCUGCGUCCGCUCAUGGUCCAGGGAGAGUGGCCUUGCUGGGACGGGGUCUUGUCUUCUCGUCCCUCUCUUUGCUGGCCGUCCAGUCAUACAGAUGGAAGUGUAAACAUGCUGUAGUAUAUGCCAGCAUUAAAGUUGAAGAUGUGAAGGAACAAGCGGACUAUCUGCAUGGCAGUGGAGAGACCGAGAAGUUAUAUCAAUUUUUGAGUCCGUACAAAGAUAGUGAAGACGCUGAACUUCUCUGGCGACUGUCCCGGGCCUCUCGGGAUUUAGCUCAGCUCAGCACAACUGGCGCCGCCGAGAAGAAGCGGUUGAUUUACGAAGCUCUAGAGUUAGCAAGAAAAGCACUGGAAAUAAAGGAGUCCUGUUCAGCAGCUCAUAAGUGGUAUGCGAUAUGUCUCAGUGACGUGGGAGACUAUGAAGGCAUAAAGGUGAAAAUCGGAAAUUCCUACAGCAUAAAGGACCACUUCCAGAGAGCGAUUGACCUGAAUCCAAAAGAUGCCACCUCUAUUCACCUCCUUGGCCUUUGGUGUUACACGUUUGCAGACCUGCCGUGGUACCAGGUUAAAAUUGCCUCAGCACUGUUCGCAGCUCCCCCAUCAUCAUCAUUUGAGGAGGCUUUAAUAUAUUUUGAACAAGCUGAGGAAGCUGAUCCAAAUUUCUACAGCAAAAAUCUUCUUUACUUGGGGAAAAGUUUCUUAAAACUGAAGAACAAGGAUUUGGCCUUAUCCUGGCUGCACAAAGCGAGGGAUUAUCCUGUACGCACAGAGGAAGAUAAGGAGGUUCACAAGGAGGCAACUGAAAUCCUGAAGUCAAUCGGUGAAAAAAUUUGAUAUUUUACUGGAUAUUUCUACUGUCCUGGGCACCAACUUGAACUAAUGUAACUUGAACACAAGAUAUUAUAUUGGAAAACGUAAGAAAUAAAUCAUUUCUUUAAUAAAAGACUAAUUCUUUAAAAUGCA